AUGAAAGUUUUCACUUAUUUGAAAUACUUUAAAACAAAUCAAUUCUUGAAAUUUAAUGCAUCAAUUUCUUUGUUUAAAUAUCCUUCAUUAUCUUAUAACAUAAUAAUAAAAAAAUCACAUAAUGAAAGAAAUUAUGAAAAUAAUAAAGAUAAGUUUAAUUUAUUUACCAAAAACUUAAAAAAUACUUUAUUAUGUGGUACAUUAGUAUUUUCAAUUAAAGAAUUCUUUGAAAAUGAUUGUAUAAAGUUGGAUGAUGAUCCAUUAAAAGAUUUAGUAAAACAAUCCUGGUUACAUGCAAAAUGGAAUAGUUAUGAAAAAGCUAUUGGUUAUCUUCAUAAAGCUUUAGAAUUAGCUUAUAAGCAAAAAAAUGAUUUAAUUAUGACAAGAAUAUAUCUCGAAAUGGCAGAUAUUUUUGUUUUGUCAAAAAAUGAUGCUGAAGAUUUAUACAAAUUGGUAUUACAAAGAUUAACUAAUAUUCAUAAUAUUUCAAAUUUUCAUCCCUCAUAUAUUACAACUUCAAUUAAAUUGGCAUCUGUUUUGGCUGAGAAAGGUAAUAUUCGCGACGCAGACAUUGGUUUUAAACAUUGUAUAUUAACACAAAAAAAUAAUGUUUUAAAAAUAGAGAAAGAUUUAAAUAAUGAAAUAAAUAAUGAAGUACUUACUGCUAAAGCUUUAUAUGGUUAUGCUCUUAAUGCAUAUGCACAAUUUUUGAUUAAAUAUGGUGGAGAGAAAUUAAUAUCAGAGGCUCAGAUGUACAUCGAUAAUGCAAUUGACCAGUCUAAUAUAGUAUUUGGUAAAAAUAGUACGUCAACUCUUCAUUUAAUUAACAAUUUUUGUGCUCUUUGUAUAAUGAAUAAUUAUUUUGAAAUAGCAAAAGAAUAUCUUGAAAAAGCAAUUAAAUCUAUUGAAGAAAAUUUAGGAAAUGAAGAAAUUCUUGUAGGAAUGUAUUGUAACUAUGCUGAAGCAUUAUAUCAUUUAGGAAAUAUUGAGGAAUCUUUAACUUUUGCUAAUAAAGGUCUUUUAUUAUCUGAAAAAUGUAGUAAGGAAAUUAAUGUAUUUACUGCUAAUUAUACUGAUUCACUAAAGAAAACAAUUAAAAAUGAAAAUAUAAAAGAAAAAAAAUGGUUUCUCUUUUAA